AUGGCUCGUAAUGCUGAGAAAUCACAAUCGAUGCUGUUCCGCUUCAGGGAAGCGCAACAAGCAGAGUUGGGUAUUAUCGAUGCUGGAAGGACGCGGCGCCCUAAGAUGAUAACGGAAGUCUCAUCUAUACCAUCAUGCGAGAAAUGGAGAGGCCAAGUUCUGAAGGAGAUCUCACGCAAAGUCAGCAAGAUCCAGGAUCCAAGUUUGAGUGACUUCAUGAUUCGAGAUUUGAACGAUGAAAUCAAUAAGGCUAUGAGAGAGAAAUAUAUGUGGGAGGUGCAGAUUAAAAAUUUGGGGGGUCCGAAUUAUAUGCGAGGCGGAGGGAAAGUCUACGAUGAUGAAGGGCGGGAGAUACCAGGUGGUGGGAAGGGUUACAGGUAUUUUGGACGUGCCAAAGAGUUACCGGGAGUCAAAGAAAUGUUCGAAGCUGCAACAAUAAAAACCCGCGAAGAUCAACCUCUAGAGUCGAGAGUAGACCUGCGAAAACAAGUCGAUGCUUCAUAUUAUGGUUACAACCUUGAUGAAGAAGACGGCACUUUGUUAGAUUAUGAAAUACAAAAAGAGAAAGAGGCUUACGAGAACUUAUUGGAAGGCAAAGACAAGAACACACCCGAUGGAUGGGAGCCGUUACCCGGAGACGCAGGCGAUGGCGCAGGAUGGAGAUUACCGACGAGCGAAGAAGUCCAGGAAGAGCUUGUUGAUAGGCGACGAAGACGAUUACUGGACAAACUGGGAUAA